GUCAUUUUAGAAUUAGCUACAGCUGUAAAAGAGCUUGUGGAAAAUAGUCUCGACGCUCAAGCCAGAACAAUUGAGAUUAGGUUUAAGGAGUAUGGCAUACAAUCGAUAGAAGUAAUUGACGACGGUACAGGAGUAGCUCAAAAUAAUUUCGAACAACUCGCCCUUAAACACAGUACUUCCAAGCUUUCUAGCUUUGAGGAUUUGAUGAAUCUCAAUUCUUUUGGUUUCAGAGGCGAGGCUCUAAGUUCUCUUUGCGCUCUGUCAAAGGUUAUAAUUUUGACAUGUGUACAGGAGGAGGCCCCCGCCGGGUUUAAAUUGGAAUUCGAUUCUCUUGGAAAUCUAAUUAAAAAGACGCCUACAGCUCGUGAGCGAGGCACGACUGUGAUAUUGCAAGGUCUAUUUGAAUCAAUCCCUGUUCGGCAUCAAGAAUUUAAAAAGAACAUAAAACGGGAAUUUGUUAAAGUCUUGACAUUACUACAAGCCUAUGCUACAAUUUGUCAAAAUUUGAAAAUUACUUGUUCAAAUCAACUUAAUAAUAAAAGCGCAAGAACUGUAGUUCUCAGCACAAAUGGGAAUAGUAGCGUGCGAGAUAAUAUUGCUAAUUUAUUUGGCGCUAAAACAUUAUCACAAAUUACGCCAUUUGAUUUUAAUAUUCAAGUGACACCGAAAAAACAAAAAAUGCCAAUAGACUCUGAAAAUCAAUCAGAGAG